GACGCUGAGGCGCGGGGCGCGGGGGCCGCGGGGCGCGGGGGCGGCGGCGCCAUGUGCUCCGGGGGGACGCUGAGCAUCCUCCGCAGCGACUCCUACGCUGACCUCAGCCAGUACCGGGACCAGCACUUCCGGGGGACGCGGUACGACCAGGAGCGGCUGCUGAGGAAGAGCUCCACGCUGUACGUGGGGAACCUCUCCUUCUACACCACAGAGGAGCAGAUCCACGAGCUCUUUGGCAAGAGCGGCGACAUCAAGAAGGUCAUCAUGGGGCUGGACAAAGUGAAGAAAACCGCCUGCGGCUUCUGCUUCGUGGAGUAUUAUGCAAGAGGAGAUGCUGAAAAUGCAAUGCGCUACAUCAACGGAACCAGACUUGAUGACAGGAUCAUAAGGACCGACUGGGAUGCAGGAUUUAAGGAGGGUAGACAAUAUGGACGUGGAAGAUCAGGAGGCCAGGUCCGAGACGAGUAUCGGCAAGACUACGAUGCUGGAAGAGGUGGCUAUGGCAAAACUGUUCAGUGCCAGUGAACAGUGAAUGACUCCUCAGCCUUGCAGGAGAUCUAGAUCUACAUUGUAAAUGUUACAAGGCACAAAGUAGGUCUGUUGCACACAAAUUUAUGUAGCUAGAGAUUCACAGAAACUGCUCUCCAUGUUCCUGUGAUCACGUAGUGUGUUCAAUAUCUCUUUAUGUUUUAAUACCAGGAUCCAAAGCAUUGCAGAGUACAUUAAUACAGAGGACUUGGGAGCAAGGUUUUAAGCACUAGUGUGGGUGAGGCUUUGGUGUCUUAAUGCUGCUGGAACUCUACUAAAAGGAAGAAAGGUUUAAUGGUAUGGUGCUUUUUUUAAGGGUAAAACUUGAUUAUUCUGUCACUGGGUUUUGUUUACAUUCAUAUCACAGGGUAGAGAGCGGCAAUAAAAGAGGCUUGGUUUAUGUUUCAGAAAUGAAAGAAUAAGGUGAAGAGCAUGAAAAAGAAGGGGAAUUUCUAGGGACAUUUUCUAGUUUCUAGGGAAGUUGUAGAUUUUCUGGGGUUAGUCAGUUAACAUCCUUGUACACUGAUGCUGUUCCUAGCACACCUAAUGAACAGCCACAAUAAGACCAAGUCAGAUUGAUGAGCUCAGGAAUCAUGAGGAGCAGGCCUAGCAGAGAGCAGAAAACAGACUCUUGCAGCUUUCUGUGAAAGAUAAUGUGAUUGCAUGACUAGGUGAUACAGAACCAUUUUGCUUUCUGGGUUACAGAGAACAGCAACUGUAAGAAUUACAGUAGUAACUACUGGAGUAGUAGUAUUUUGCUUCUGCCUCCUAGCUCUCCACAGCCUUAAUAUUUGAGGAACAGUGUCUUUCCUGUGCCUGCAGGAGUAGUACAAAGCCAAGUUCUACAGGUACCCCCAAAAACAGGACUUUGAGGAACUGUGUGUAUAGUGAGAAAUUUGUUCUCAAAAUAAUUUUCUAUUGGAGAAACCUGAUUUCAGAUAAAGGUAAAAAUUUAAAAAGAUGAGUUUUGGGAGAAGCCUUACUUUCUACUGAGCAUGUGGAAAGAUUGGGAGAAGAAUUGCAGGACUGUAUAGAUUUAUUUUUUUUUUUUCCCCAUCUGGAUCUUAUUAAUACUGAUGGUUUAUAUGACAGGAUUUUCAUGUACUCCAGACUUAGGAAUAAAAAUAAUUGGUCAUCCCAAGAUCUUUGAAAUUGAGCUGCUGAAAUGAAAUAGUUUAAAAUAAACUGUUAUAGGGCUUUGGAUUAUUUUUUCUCGACUAUUGAGUUCUUUGGAAAUGGCAAUUCAUCAAGUUUUGUCCAAAUACCUUGUUGUCCAUGACUCCAUAUAAACCUUCAAAAUACCAGGUAUUGAAAAGUUGAUCUUUACUUACUGAAGGUAUUGUUGGAAAUCUUGAUGUGUUUCUGGUGCACUGUUUGUCACAACUGUUACUGUAAAUUGGAAAUACAGUGAGGUAGAACAACUGCAAUGAGACUCUGCUUACUUAGGAAGCAAGGUUUUGGCUGGGCUGUGGGUUUUUUGGCACGUAGAGUAAAACUAGAUUUUCCAGAUGCCUUGGUGGUGGUCUGCAAACUAGGCUUUGAACAAAGUUACCUUUUUCUACCUAGUACAUUUGCUUAUGAGUUUACAGCCUGUAAUUGCUCUAGGACACCCCUGAAGUUUACUUUUCCUUGUAUCAGUUUUGUGUACAAAUUUGUGUUUCCAAAACUCUUAAGUCACUUUCAAAUAAAGCUACAACAUUAAAA